AUGGAAACGGAGCUGCGGAAGUACGAGAGGUACUCGCGCGAUCUCAAAUGUCUGCUUGUGCUGUCUGGUAUCUGGCCGGACUUUCAUCCGAUAAUCCAACCACUGCUUGGCUGUUUCGCGGCUUUCGUGUGUUUCGUCACGGUCAUUGCCUUUCUGAAUUUCAGUAUUCACCACAUUACCAAUGUCGUUGUGUUGACCAAGUCUUUCGGGUUGGUCAUCAGCUUCUUCUCGUCCUUUCUGAAGAUCUGUGUCUUCCUAUGGCACCACGACGACCUUGUCUACCUCAAAGCGGCCCUCACCGACAGAUUCAACACUGACAACCUGAACAAGUCCUUUCGUCGCUUUACUCUGGCCAAGGUCAACGUCUUCGCCAACCUUUUUUACAUCCUGACCAUCGCCGUGGGUCUGACCACAGGCAUGGCUGUAGUCCUCCUUAUCAUAUCACUCCGACACGGCAAAUACGUCAUGCUUUACCCCUCGAUCUUUCCGUUCAGCUACGAACCCGGUAGUCGGGUCUACUGGAUCCUGCUCAUGGUCGAGUUGUUCGCCAAUCUCUUCGUCUGGGCAGUGACGAGUGGGGUUGACUCUGUCUUUGGAUGGUACACUUUGCAGAUUUGCGGGGAGUUCAGGGUCUUGGCUCACAAGUUUCAGAAUUUGAAGUCGUCGGAGAACUACAGAGAUGACUUGAAGGAGUGCGUGGAGAGACACUACGUCCUGAUGAAGACGAGGGAUGUACUUCAGGACGUGUUCGGAUUCCUAACGAUAUUGCUUGCCCUUACCAGUGCAAUAGUCCAGUGCAUGCUUGUCUUUCAAGCUAUUCAGGUAUUUAAAAACUUGAGCCUCGGCAUGAUGGUCUUUUUAAUCGCAUACAUUACACUCAAAGUAGUUCAAGCAUUCAUUUACGCCUGGUACGGCCAACUGAUUGCCGAAGAGAGCGAGGUAUGUCUUGGAGCGAUCUACAACGCACGAUGGGCUGGAUCCGGAGAUACUCGGUUCAUGAGCGACGUCGUCAUCGUUCUGUCGCAAAAGCCGCUGAUAUUUCGAGCUAAUGGCUGCAUGUCCUUGAAGAUGGACAUAUUCAUCAAAAUUCUGAACACAUCGGUAUCGUACUUUUUCCUGCUUCAAACUCUGGACGAAGGUUCUGAGCAUCAUCAACAUUAA